UGCCAUCUCUGGACAGAUUGGGGGUCUGUUCAUUUGCAUCUCAUUAGCUAUGCAGGCGGCAGGCUCCAUAUAAAGAGGCAAUACCCUCCUAAUGCUUUAAUUUGCUUUUUCUGUUUGUGGGACAUCAAGCCAAGAGACAGACCUGAGAAGACUCUUAACCAACUGGAAUUAAACACUGGGACUUGGAACGCAGUUAUACAACACUUACUAUCAACGAAGACAUUUUUAUUCUUCACGUUUAUUUGGAUUUUUAUAUGAUUUUAAAAAACAAAACAAAACCGAUUCCCUAUUUACUAUGGGCCUGAAGAUGAAGUAAAGGUGGAUUAGAAAAUUAUUCUACGAUUUAAGUCUUUACCUUGACUCCAGUCUCCACCUUUCUUGCUAUUCAUAAUAUCUGUCACUCGAUCAAAGGGCGUAUCUAUAUAAAAAAAAAAAAAAAAAAAAAAAAACAGAUUUGAAAAGGGAAAGCCCAGAUCUGAGACUAGCAGUGUAUGCUAGGACAAGCCUCUGGCACCCGGAUUGCAUGAUACAGUCUGCUGGAACAGCCUCCUGACACCCUUAGCAGCUCUGCCAGGCUACUAACCAGUCAGCAUGGGACGCCAAUCCACACUGAGCCUCAUCAUUCUCUGUGCCCUGCUUCACCAGAUCUCUUGCUCUGGACUCUUCGAGUUGAAGUUGCAGGAGUUUAUCAAUAAAAAAGGUCUGCUUGGGAACAAGAACUGCUGCCCAACUGGGACGUCCGGAGUGUCCAGCUCCCAGGGGCUGCAACAGUGCGAGUGCAAGACCUUCUUCCGGAUAUGUCUAAAACACUACCAGACCAGCGUGUCCCCGGAACCGCCGUGUACUUACGGCAAUGCUAUCACCCCAGUGCUGGGGUCCAAUUCCUUCAAUGUUCCCGACAGCAGCAGCUCGGAUCCAUCAUUUACUAACCCUAUUCGAUUCCCUUUCGGAUUCACCUGGCCUGGUACAUUUUCUCUUAUCAUUGAAGCACUACAUACAGAUUCUUCAGAUGACCUCAGUACAGAGAACCUAGAUCGUCUGAUCAGUCGUCUCACCACCCAGAGGCACUUGACUGUGGGUGAAGAAUGGUCUCAGGAUUUGCACAGUAGUGGCCGAACCGAGCUCAAGUACUCAUACCGCUUUGUGUGUGAUGAACACUACUAUGGAGAAGGUUGCUCCGACUACUGUCGUCCCAGGGAUGAUGCUUUUGGUCACUUUUCUUGUGGUGAAAAGGGAGAAAAAGUCUGUAACCCAGGAUGGAAAGGACAGUACUGCACUGAACCCAUUUGUUUACCUGGAUGUGAUGAACAUCAUGGAUAUUGUGAUAAACCUGGGGAAUGCAAAUGCAGAGUUGGUUGGCAAGGUCGCUACUGUGAUGAAUGCAUUCGCUACCCGGGAUGUCUGCAUGGGACCUGUCAGCAGCCCUGGCAAUGCAACUGCCAGGAAGGUUGGGGAGGCCUUUUCUGCAACCAAGAUCUUAAUUACUGCACUCACCACAAACCUUGCAAGAACGGAGCUACUUGCACCAAUACUGGUCAGGGAAGCUACACUUGCUCCUGCCGUGCUGGGUACACUGGGUCCAACUGCGAGAUUGAAAUAAAUGAAUGUGAUACAAACCCUUGCAAGAAUGGAGGCAGCUGCACUGACUUGGAGAAUAGUUAUUCAUGUUCCUGCCCACCAGGUUUCUAUGGUAAAAACUGUGAGCUCAGUGCCAUGACCUGUGCGGAUGGACCAUGCUUUAAUGGUGGGAGGUGCACUGAUAAUCCAGAUGGUGGAUACAGCUGCCUUUGCCCAGUGGGAUACUCUGGAUUCAACUGUGAGAAGAAAAUUGACUACUGCAGCUCUAACCCAUGUGUGAAUGGUGCUCGCUGUGAGGAUCUUGGAAAUUCCUAUAUAUGUCAGUGCCAGGAGGGUUUCUCUGGGAAGCACUGUGAUGAUAACUUGGAUGACUGUGCGUUGUUUCCAUGCCAGAAUGGUGGAACAUGCCAAGAUGGGAUUAAUGACUACUCUUGCACCUGCCCUCCUGGGUACACUGGAAAGAACUGCAGUAUGCCAGUAAGCAAAUGUGAGCACAAUCCAUGCCAUAAUGGGGCAACAUGUCAUGAGAGGAAUAACCGAUAUGCCUGUGAGUGUGCUCGAGGCUAUGGCGGUCUUAAUUGCCAGUUCUUACUCCCUGAGCAGACCCAGGAGAGUACUGCUGUUGUUGACUUAACCGAAAGGUAUACAGAUGGACAGAAUGGACAGUUUCCAUGGAUUGCAGUGUGUGCUGGCAUUAUCUUGGUGCUGAUGCUACUGCUAGGCUGUGCUGCUGUGAUUGUCUGUGUGCGAAUUAAGGCACAGAAGAGACGCCAGAGUCCUGGUACUUGUCAUGGAGAGGCAAAGACUAUGAAUAACUUGGCAAACUGUCAGAGAGAGAAAGAUAUUUCUGUGAGCAUCAUUGGCACUAGCCAGAUUAAAAACACUAAUAAGAAAGUGGACUUUCUCAGUGAAAGCAAUACUGACAAAAAUGGGUACAAGACCAGGUACUCUACUGUGGAUUACAAUUUGGUUCAUGAGCUGAAACAUGAAGAAUCUUCAAAGGAGGAUCGUAGGAAAUGUGAGGCCAAGUGCGUCUCAAGUGACUCCGAUGCAGAAGACCCACCCUCAGUACACUUAAAAAGUGAUUCAUCAGAAAGAAGGCGAGCAGAUUCUGUCUACUCCACAUCAAAAGACACAAAAUAUCAGUCGGUAUAUGUCAUAUCAGAUGAAAAAGAUGAAUGCAUCAUUGCAACUGAGGUGUAAUAUGGAUGCUGUACAACCCAAGGUCUUGUCAGAUAUUCAGAGUUGAAGCCCAUGUGAAUGCUGCUGAUGAAAGAGAAGAGGGACAUCCCUUUGUUGACUGCUGCUGAGACACUAAAUUCAGUCUGAGCUGGUUCUCUACUGAAAUUAGCAAAAUUACUACAAAACAAAAUGGACACCCCAAGCUAGUCUCUGUGUCCAGACACAAACUGUUGCACUGCCAUUUCUGUACUUCUCCAUUGCACUAUGGACGGUUGCUUUUUUAAUUAAUAUACAUAUAUAUAUAUAUGUAUAAAUAUAUAUUUAAUGAAUGGACUUCUACGUUCUGCCGAAGAGUGCACUGCCUGAGUUGUAUAUUUUGGAUUCAUUUGAGCCACUUCGUUGCUAAACUUCAGACAGACACUGCCUUCAUGUGUUUUUUGAUACUGAAAGAUGUUUUCUACUAGGUCAAAAAAUGUAUGCUAUUUUUUGAACUUGUAAAACUAUUUUUACGAUAUUUGUAAAGCUUGAGUAUUUGUGAUGUUCAUUUUCUUAAUUUAAACUUUGUUAAAUAUGUACAAAGGCACUUCGGGUCUAUGUGACUAUAUUUUUUUGUAUAUAUAUGUAUUUAUGGAAUAUUGUGCAAAUGGUAAUUGAUUUUUUUCUACUGGUUUUUGUUAAUGAAGGAAUUAAUUUUUAAACUAUUUUUCCAAAAUAAAUACUACAAAUUAUGUUUUGGAUUUCUUGCUUACUU